AUGAGGCCCACGCACCCCGGCCUCCAACACGAGGCCCACGCACCCAGGCCUCCAACACGAGGCCCACGCACCCGGCCUCCAACACGAGGCCCACGCACCCCGGCCUUGCCUCCAACACGAGGCCCACGCACCCAGGCCUCCAACACGAGGCCCACGCACCCCGGCCUCCAACACGAGGCCCACGCACCCGGCCUCCAACACGAGGCCCCACGCACCCCGGCCUCGCCUCCAACACGAGGCCCACAUACCCCGGCCUCCAACACGAGGCCCACGCACCCCGGCCUCCAACACGAGGCCCCACGCACCCCGGCCUUGCCUCCAACACGAGGCCCACAUACCCCGGCCUCCAACACGAGGCCCCACGCACCCCGGCCUCCAACACGAAGCCCACGCACCCCGGCCUCCAACAUGAGGCCCCACGCACCCCGGCCUCCAACACGAGGCCCACGCACCCCGGCCUCCAACACGAGGCCCCACGCACCCCGGCCUCCAACACGAGGCCCACGCACCCCGGCCUCCAACAUGAGGCCCCACGCACCCCGGCCUCCAACACGAAGCCCACGCACCCCGGCCUCCAACAUGAGGCCCCACGCACCCCGGCCUCGCCUCCAACACGAGGCCCCACGCACCCUGGCCUCGCCUCCAACAUGA